AUGACUACAGCGCAUAGACCUACAUUUGAUCCGGCCGUCGGCAAGGAAGCCCUUCGCGGCCCGGCCUACCACCAGCGCCUCCUCCCCGCACACACGCAGCUCAAGUACCGCCGCGCGGGCCAGGGCGGCGCUGCCGACGAAGACGAGUACGACGGCACGCGCGAUCUGGCCGCCGAGCUGCUCGCCGCCGAGGCGGCCCAUUUCGCCAAGAAGAAGGGCACCGGCGCGCCGCUCGCCAUCGAAGAGGACGGCCACGAGACGGCAGCGACAUCUGGCGGUGCAGGCACGAAGCGGCCGCAUCCCGCGGGUGAUGAGGCUGGUACGGACGGUGAAGAAGAUGCGCGUGCGAGGAGGUUGAGGAUACUAGAGGAGACGAGAGACAUUGAUGCGGACGAUUCCGACGAAGCAGAAGACGAUGACGAUAGCGAUGAUAGUGACAGCGAUGAUGAGGAUGCGGAGCUGCAGCGGGAGUUGGAGCGAGUGCGGAGGGAGCGCGAGGAAAAGAAGAAGCAAGAGGAACUUGAGCGCAUCAAAGAGGAAGAGGAUGCACGGGAACGCAACAUUGCGCUGGGCAACCCGCUACUCAACAAGCAAGACUUUACAAUGAAGAGGCGCUGGGACGACGACGUCGUUUUCAAGAACCAGGCGCGCGGGACGGAAGACAAGGGCAAGAAGAAGGAGUUUGUCAAUGAUCUUUUGCGCUCUGAUUUUCAUAGACGAUUUAUGAGCAAAUACGUUAGAUAG